CCGCCCCCGCAAGAAAGGAAGGAAGGAGAAGAGGGGAAGAAGCAAAAGCGCAAACGAACGCGGCCGUCGCAGCAGCAGACGCAGCAGACACGCAGCCGCAGCCGUACGCCGCAGAUCCGCCGCCGCGCGCGCUAGGGUUUUACGCCGGAGGAGAGGGGAGGAGAUGGACGUGGUGAAGGCGGCGCAGCUGUCGGGGCGGACGCUGGAGAAGGUGGUGGUGCACCCGCUGGUGCUGCUCAGCAUCGUCGACCACUACAACCGCGUCGCCCGCGACACCCGGAAGCGCGUCGUCGGCGUGCUCCUCGGCACCUCCUCCCGCGGCGUCGUCGACGUCACCAACUCCUACGCCGUGCCGUUUGAGGAGGAUGACAAGGACCCGAGGAUCUGGUUCCUCGACCAUAAUUACCAUGAGUCUAUGUUCUCCAUGUUCAAGAGGAUCAACGCCAAGGAGCAUGUUGUUGGCUGGUACAGCACUGGUCCAAAACUAAAGGAGAACGACUUGGAUGUUCAUGCAUUGUUUACCAACUAUGUUCCUAAUCCUGUGCUGGUGAUUAUCGAUGUUCAACCCAAGGAGUUGGGAAUACCCACCAAAGCAUAUUAUGCUGUUGAAGAGGUUAAAGAGAAUGCUACUCAGAAAAGUCAAAAGGUGUUCGUCCACGUGCCAUCAGAAAUUGCUGCUCAUGAAGUUGAGGAAAUCGGAGUUGAGCACCUUCUGAGGGAUGUGAAAGACACAACAAUAAGCACACUUGCAACAGAGGUCAGCAGCAAGCUUGCUGCCCUGAAGGGACUUGAUGCGAGGCUUACGGAGAUCCGGGGUUAUCUAGAUCUUGUAAUUGAAGGGAAGCUCCCACUGAACCACGAGAUUUUGUACCACUUGCAGGAUGUGUUUAAUCUGCUCCCCAAUCUCAACGUAAAUGAGCUCAUUAAAGCCUUUGCAGUGAAAACAAAUGAUAUGAUGCUGGUCAUAUACCUGUCUUCCCUUAUCCGGAGUGUCAUCGCUCUCCACAAUUUGAUCAACAACAAGAUGCUAAACAAGGAGCAUGAGAAGGCCGAGGAUUCGAAGCCAGCCGCCAUACCUACGGCAGCCGGGAGCUAAACGCGCCCUUGUUUGCCUCGGCAUGGGGAUAGCGAUCUAUGACCCAGCACGGGCAGAAGAAACCGUGGACAUGUUAGCAUGGUCUGAUUUGUACCAAGUGUCUUGACCUUCAAUUUACACUUUGAUGUUUACUUCAUGUGCGACGAGGUCAACGACAAAACCUUACAUUCUGUGAGCUCUAGAUCUUUUUGAGGUUUAUAUAAUCUAGAUCUUUUACUGUUU